AUGAAAUCCAACGCUGUAGUCCUCGCUACCGCCUGCUUGUUGGUGAGAACUGGUGCAACGGACGUCCUACAAGGGCCCGAGUUCAUCGACACCCUUCUUCCUGAAAUUGCACAUGUAUUUGGAGUGACGUCUACUCAGCACACGACACUCGAAGAAAUGAACUUGCGUGCCGAAGAUGUGUAUGUGCUCCCCCGUGCACCGAAAGUAGAAGACUGCCUUUCCGCCCUAAACGGAAUACCAAUGACACAGCAGGCGAAGCCCUUUUCGGACUCGGCCAGCAUGCUGGAUGUGAAGCCAUAUGAAAGCGCCCAGCUAAAGAUUGCAGAAGCCCGCGCAGCGGAACUUGCUGCUUCUGUCGCACCCGUCGUGUCGGUAGCUCCGAAAUCCAAGUACUACAAGUCAUCCAUUUCUAGCAUGGAGAUUGCGCCGGGUGCAUACCGCUCCACUUUUUACGUGAUCUUUCAGGCCGUCAUGUACCUCAUACUAGUCCCUGGUGCUCUCCGUGGUAUUCGCUAUGGGAGGAUAACUGACGUCAAGACGAUGCUUUCGAACACGGUUUUUUUUGUUUGUUAUUCUGUCGGCGUUGUGAUUUUUCAGAAUGUUUUGGCUGUGAGGGCACUUUUUGCCCUUCCGCUGUCGGUGGCUUUCGGCCUCUACGCUAUGCGUCACACUCUUCGUUCGAUGGAUUCUGUUGAGCAUUUGCAAAGCACACAAGACAACCUUCCCUAUUCCCAGGGAAUGGGAAAGGAACCCUUGGCUUGGCUUAUGUGCAUCGAAAUGUACUGCGUGCUGCUGGCAAAUUUUUCAUACCACUUUGUAUCAUGCUUUGUGCCAUACGUAUAUGGGUUGGCAGGCCUCGUGACUAGCAACAUCAUAGUUGCCGGAUUCGUGUACCUGGCAUACCUUGGGGCAGUGGCAUAUUUACUGUAUCUGAAGAUCAAGGCAGACCCUGAAAGCAGAAAGGUUCAAUCACGCAUUGUUACCUUUAACUGCGCUUACGUCGUUGCUUCAGGAAUAUCUUUCUACACUAACGUGCUUGCAGUAUACCGGAACAUUGGUGACUUCGUUGCCCUUGAGCCAGCGGUAUUUUUCACGGCUACGCGGAUAUUCGAGCUGAACCUGGGCACGGCUAUCAUGAUCAUUGCUCUCCUUGUCAUAUGGGGCGUUGGAUACCAUGAACAAAAUCAAAUGGAUGAGAGAGGGAAAAAUGUGUCGACUAUGUCGUCUGUCUCUCUGUCCACUGAAGACGAAUCCCGCAGGGCAUUGGAAGAGGCGCUUAAUGAGAUGCAAACUGGGGUGGAUAUGUAG